GACCCAACAUCAACCACUCACUUCAGCACCUGCCCACCUUGGUUCGGGUACCUUAAGCUUCCCUUUCCACAUCCUUCAAACCUCCCUUUCCUUUCUCUUUUCUCGCCGGAUACUCAAAAGCUGGUAGGUUGACGGGCUGGUGCUUGACUUUUUACUAGAACCACUGGAAUCCAGCUGGCUUCGGGUCCUCGACUACUACUACUUUCGCUUUUCCUCCGAGGUCUCAUCACCAAAGGCAACCGCAAAGGUUCUCGGCCAUCUCAGACACAGUCAUCUUUCCAGUCUCGAGACGGAGCAUCCAAAGAAAGUACCUUCUAACGAACUGAACUCCAUCCAUCCCAGUCACAGACCACUCACCUCACUGCAUCAGUGCAUGUCUGAAGAAGCUUCCCCGUCCACUCCCACCUCCCGUCUAUCCGGAUUCCAUCCCGACCUUCACGUUCCAUCCAACCUCGCUAGCGCCUUUUUCACCAGUAAUCGCCCUCGUAACUGGUCCUUCAAAAGCUUCACAUUCCCACCGAGGCAAAUCUGGCGCUGGACUUUGACCUCAUUCCUCCACAGCCGUCCUCGUUGCAAGUCUCUCUCUCAUCCUGUGUACCCGACAUCAGGAGGAAGAACUUAUCAUUCUCACCUCAGGGACGAAAUCUGAUCACCGAAUCGAAUCUCUCGUAAUCUUGGUUGGGUCUUGUGUUCCCUCCAGAGAUCUGUCUUAUCGGUUCAUGUGCUAGACCGUGAAAGCAACUACCGGCAUUGUCUCACCACAGACAUCAACUUUCUUACCGCAUCGCCAGGCUUCUGCACGUCAGUAGCCGUCGUUAGGCACCAUGAAGUUCGGCAAACAAAUACAGAAGCGGCAACUUGAGGUCCCCGAGUAUGCUGCCAGCUUCGUAAACUACAAAGCUCUCAAAAAGCUUAUCAAGAAGCUAUCUGCGACCCCUAUUCUACCUCCGCAAACGGACCUUCGACGUGCACCGGGCGAGCCUCUAGAUACCCAGUCUGCUCUUCAGGCCAACAAGGCCACGUUUUUCUUCCAAAUAGACAGAGAGUUGGACAAGGUCAACGCUUGCUAUGUCCAGAAGGAAGCCGAGCUAAAGAUUCGGCUCAAGACGCUUCUUGACAAGAAGAAGGCCCUACGAUCAAGAAGCGGCGGGACCUCACGACGGUCCACCAAGUUCACUACCCUUCAAGAGGGUUUCCAGCAGUUUGUCAACGACCUGAACAAAUUGCAACAGUUUGUCGAGAUCAACGGUACAGCUUUCUCCAAAAUUCUUAAGAAGUGGGAUAAGACAGCAAAGUCCAAGACAAAGGAGCUAUAUCUUUCAAGAGUCGUCGAGAAACGACCAGCCUUUAACCCAACCGUCAUCAGCGAGCUGUCAGAUCAAGCGACCACCAGUUUACAAGAACUGGGAGCGUGGGCUGAUGGGGACAACGUCAGCUUCGAAACCAGGCCCGAUCACGACCAUGUCGUUAGCACCCAACAUCUCCUUGGGACUGACGAGGGCGAUGCCGAUACGUUACUGCUUGACACCGUUCUCUCGGGAAACAUCGACUCUCUCAAAGAUAUGCUGGACCGUAUGAAGGCCACAGCAGCUCCAGAUGGCUCUGCCGAUGUCUCGCUAGCGGAACGGGUUACGCGGACGUUCCUGGCGUCCAUCAACGAAGGCUCGCUUGAAGCGCUCAAGGUCCUUCUCGACACUGGACUUGUCGACAUUCAGUCCUGGGAUGAUAUCAAUGAGCGGAACUGUCUCCACCAGGCGGCCAUAUAUGGUAAUUCGUUUGUUCUGGAGUACGGUCUGUCCAAGGGAGUCGACGCGGAGAGGACUGACGCGUAUGGACGUGUACCUUUACACUAUGCCAGCAUGCAUGGGCGUCUCGACAUGAUUGACGCCUUGCUCAAUGCUUCCCCCAAGACUAUCAAUCUUAUUGACCACGACAACUUCACGCCCCUGGUCCAUUCCAUCGUCCGUAACCAUCUUGAGUGUGUCGGUAGGUUACUCGAGAGGUCUGCCCGGAUAGACCCGGUGUCUGAUACCGACCAUGUACCACUAAACCUUGCCUGUCAACAUGGCUCAGUGGCAAUCGUCGAGCUGCUUCUCAAGCAUGGUGCCAAGAUUCUUGCUGACGCCGAGGGUCUUUACCCUCAACAUUUGGUCGCAAGAUCAGGGCAGACUCCGGAGAUUCUAGUGCUGCUUAAGCAGUACGGAGCCGAUCUCGAUCAGAUCGAUAAGCUUUACGGCUGGACCCCUUUGGUUCAUGCAGCAAGUGAGGGUAAUGUCCCGUGCCUGCAGGCUUUGCUCGAGACCGGCGCGGAUCCCAACAUUCUCGACGAGAAGGACCUUCCUGCCAUGUACUAUGCGGCUUGGGAAGGGCAUCUCGAGUGUAUGAAGCUUCUCACACCAGCCAAAAAGGAGAAGGCGGCAAGCGAGCUCCCACCUAUACACAUUGGAGGAGCCUUGCCUCCCAUGGCUAGCAGCACCGCGCCAAUGCCCAUGUCCCUGACGCAAUUGAUCCCAUCCCCGCGCUCGAGUUACCGCCCCCUAUCAUUCCCCUACGCCGGUACGGUCACAACUUUCUUGACACCAAAACCGUUGUGCAGAUCAGCUUUGAGGAAGACAGCGAACAACCUCUCCUAUUCUUCCAGGACGGCAAGUAUCCAGCCGCUCGCCUUACCAUCUCAUCCAAGUCAUCGGACCUCAUCCCCAAGAAUAUUAUUCUUCCCUUCCAAGAAGACACUAGGGUUGCGUCAUUCCAGAUCGACAAUCUUGAAUCCUUCACUUUGGACUUUGAGGUAUUCCCGACGUAUGGCGCCAAGGUCAUUGCGAAGACUGUUGCUCUACCAAAUAUCUUCCGUGCACUGCUCAGCAGCUCUGGCAAGUGCUGCCUGCCGCUAUUUGACCCUCGGCUGCGCGCCAUUGGCCAGAUCAGCUUCCACGUCCAAAUCAUCAAACCCUUCAGCGGAACGCCGCUCGAGAUCACGGACUUUGAGACGUACUGGAAGGCCACGAGCCAGUUCGACACAAACACAAGCACCUUCGUCACCGGCUCCAGUCUGUCGGGCGACUUUGUCCAGAUCUACGUCCAGCACACCAAGGACGGGGUUCCUGUACUCUGGCCCAGAUGGACCAUUAACUGCGGCGGUAUCGACGUCCCCGUGUCCACGCUUACCCUCGCCCAGUUCCAGACCGUCACGGCAGCCGCCAGAAACAGAAUCAACCUCUCUGAGCUGUCCACUUACACUCUCGACCAAAUAGCCGACGUCCAUCGCAUCCUCGCCAACAUCGGGAUAACCCUCCACGAGGCCCUCUUCUUGCUUCCCAAGGGCAUGCACGUCAACAUCCAAGUCCUGUACCCGACGGCCGACGAAAAAGCUGAAGCCAAGAGCAGCACCGCGGCGGACGACGUCAAUGAGUUCGCCGAUGCGAUCCUCAGCGUCGUCUUCGACCAUGCCCGCGCGCAGAGGGCUGAAAGGCCCGAUAGCGUCCGGUCGGUGGUGUUUAGUUCGUAUAAUCCUACCUUGUGCACGGCGCUGAACUGGAAGCAACCAAACUUCCCUGUGUUCUUGUGCAAUGAUAUGGGAAGAGAGGAUCGGAAGCAGCAGCAACAGGGAUCUUGUAGCAAGGGGGAUGGCGAUGAGGAUAUGGGCGGGACUACGGCUGCUAGUAGACGGGAGGCGGCAGAUGAAAGGACACUACAGAGUGACGGGAGGAGGACGAGCUCGAUUAAGGAUGUGGUGAGGACGGCGACGAGCAAUAACCUUAUGGGGCUGAUUUGUUGUUCAAGGCUGUUGGACAUGGUGCCAGCACUGGUUGACGCUAUCAAGUCUCAUGGGUUGGCUCUGGUGGUGGACAAAUCGGGUGAACCUGAGGCGGCGAAUAGCAAAGACAGUGGUGAUAAGCAGUUGGGGAUUAGUGGUGCGUUGGGAGGAUUGGCUGGGUCAGAUCCCUUUCCCAAGUUGCCCAAGGGCGUGGAUGGGUUGCUCAAGAGUAAUGGUGUGUUGAGGUUUAAUGAGUAUAUCGAUGUGUAGUUGCGGGAUGAAGGGAAAAGACGGGAGAGGAGGUUGGGUAAUGCAUAGGUAUGAGGGAGUCUGCUGGUAGACGAUUAAUGAAAAUGACGAUGACAUUGAUGUUUAA